AUGACCCGAGAGAUAAGACGUUUGCAUGGAACAGGGGCCGUGCACAGAGGAACGGGGCUUCUCUCAUCCACAGACAUAGCUCAGCUGCUGCUGCUGCAGUUCACGAGCCCAACGGAAGGGCCGGGCAGCGACCCCCAGGCCGUGGAGGUGCUGGGCGAGAGGAAGCAGAUGGAGAGAGAGAUCAAGGAGCUCAAGAGACUAUUGAAGCAGCUGCAGGUGGAGAGGGACCAGCACCUGGAGCAGAUCAGGGCCCAGGACGAGUUCUGGCAGCAGCGCGUGCAGCAAGCCCUGCAGCAGAGCACGACGUUUAAGGACGAGAACGAGAAGAACGUCAGAUACAUUCAGGAGCUGGAGGCCAGCGUGGCUGACCUGAAGGCGCUGCUGGAGGCCCUGGCCCCCCAGGAGCCCCCACCGCCGCCGCCCGGGCCCUCGGAGCUGGAGGUGCAGCUGCAGGCGGAGGCCGAGAAGUGGAGGAAGGAGGUGGCGAGCCUCGCGGAGCAGCUGCAGACGCAGGUGCGCGACAACCAGAGCCUGAGCCAGCUGAACGCGGAGCAGGGCCAGCGGCUGCUGCAGCUGGAGCGGGAGGCCGAGGUGUGGAACGAGCAGGCCGAGGCGCGCGGCCGCAUCCUGGAGACGAUGGAGAACGACCGCACAACCAUCACGCGCGCCCUGGCCCAGAACCGCGAGCUCAAGCAGCAGCUGGCCGAGCUGCAGGACGGCUUCGUGAAGCUGAGCAACGAGAACAUGGAGGUGACGUGUGCGCUGCAGUCGGAACAGCAUGUCAAGGAGCAGCUGGCGGAGCGGCUGGGGCAGCUGCAGGAGAAGUUGGCGGAGAUGAAGGAGACGGUGCAGGCGAGGGCCAGCGAGGCACAGGCGCUGCAGCAGCAGAGGGACCAGUACCUGGGCCACCUGCAGCAGUACGCGGCCGCCUGGCAGCAGCUGGACGCCGAGAAGGAGCAGCUGCAGCAGCAGGCGCUGCUCUAUGCCCAGCAGCUGGACCGGCUGCAGCACGAGCACGCGCAGGGCCAGGACGCGCUGGACGAGGCGCAGGGGCUCCUGAAGACCACCGAGGAGCAGAAGCAGCAGCUCCAGGCCCAGCUGAGUGCGCUGCUGGCGCCGGGCACGGGGAUGGCGAGUGACGGGGACGGGGACGAGGAGCAGGAGACGGCCCCGAGGACGCUGAGCCUGCCUGGGGACCUGGACGACAGGGAGGCCAUGCUGGAGUUCUGCAACUCGGCCUUGGCGCAGGCAGACUCGGAGCGGGCGGAGCUGCGCCGGCAGCUGGGGGCCGAGAGAGUCCGGAGCCGGGAACUGGCGCAAGCCCUGGCAGCCGCGCAGCCCGCAGCCCCCGCGCCCGGGGCCCAGACGGUCCCCCAGGAGACGCACGCAGCCCUGAAGGAGGCCAUGGACCUGUUGCAAACUCGCUUCGCGCAGAUCAUGCAAGAGAAGGUGGAGCUGCGGGAGCGCGUGGAGGAGCUGGAGCACCGCUGCGUGCAGCUGUCCGGGGAGACGGAGACCAUCGGGGAGUACAUCACCCUCUACCACAACCAGCGGGCCGUGCUGAAGGAGCGGCACCGCGAGAAGGAGGAGUACAUCACCCGCCUGGCCCAGGACAAGGAGAACCUCAAGGUGCAACUGCUGGAACUGCAGGAGCUCGUGUUGAUGCUGGUGGAUGACAGUUACUCCGGCCAAGGCGCCAAGGCCGCCUCCGUGGCCCUCGCUGGCUCCCUGGCCAGUGCCCCGACAGGUCAGGAGAGACUCGGGGGGUUGUGCCCGCCCUCCUCUGCCCCUCUCUCCCGCCCCGCAGAAGCCCCUCACGCUGGCAGCCCCGGGUCAGUGGAGCAGAGCCCAGAAGGGACCCCGGCUGGCCCCGCGCCCGUCAGCAACCCCACGGCCGUGAAGAUCAUCCAGCUGCUGAAGGAGAUGCAGAACUGUAAAGACCAGCCCGGCCUGGGCGCGGCGCCCUGCUCGCCUUGUAUUCCUUUCUUUUACAAGGCCGACGAAAACGACCAAGUGAAAAUCACCAUGAUCUAGCCCCGUCCCUGUCCCCCGGCCCCCUCCCACCGCAU